GUCUCCUGAUGAUGGCUUGGUCUUCAUCACAAAGAACCCACCUUCACAAAAACCUAAUCUCCAAAAAAGUUAUUCAACAAUCCAAUCUCUUCCCACAAAACUCGCCAUCUUAUCAUGAAUUUCAUCUCCCCAAAUCACAAAAUUUUCUAACCAAGAACCCAUUUUUUCACUCUGCAAAUUAGAUUGUAACAAAUGGGUGGAAAUGGCAAGAAACUACACAAAUGGAAAAUCACAUUUCACAGACCCUUCUUCAAGUCUGACGGCAACAAAAAACUGCCACCCCAAGAAUUCAUUUGCCCAAUUUCUAAUUCGUUGAUGUCCGAUCCAGUUGUUGUUUCCUCUGGACAGACUUUCGAGCGUUUGUCUAUUAAAGUAUGCAAAGAUUUGGACGUCACCCCGACUCUGCCUGAUGGUUCAAAUCCUGAUUUUACUAAUAUAAUUCCCAAUUUAGCUCUCAAGAGUACAAUCCAAAAUUGGUGUUCAAAGUCUGGAUUCGAACACCCGAAUCCGCCUGAGUAUUCAGAAGUUGAGUCUAUUAUUAGUUCGUCCAUGGGAUUCUGUUUAAUGAAUCGAGAUAAUUCGAAAAUUGGGGUUUCAGAAAGUGAUUUUCUUAAUGGUGUUUCUGAAACCACUCCGGUUUUAUUCAGCCAUGCUGCUUCGGAGUUGAAUUGCCCGAAUUUUUACUCCUGUUCGAGUUCAGAUGAAUCUGUGAUUGCAAAUACGACACCACGGUUGCCGUUUGCUACCAGACCCUCUUGCUUUUCAGCUUCAUCUUCCCCGACAACCUCAACGGAAUUUAUUGUAUCGGACGAGGUUUCGAGUUAUAAUUCUGCUACAUCAGAGGAUGAGAAUUUGGUUAACAUGAUGAAGACUUCAGAUGUAUUUGAGCAAGAACAAGCUGUGAUUUUAUUGAGGAAAAUUACGAGGACUAAUGAAGAAGCUCGAGUUUCAUUGUGCACGGAAAGGCUUCUUUUUGCUUUGAAGGAGUUGUUAAAUACGAGGUACGCCGCCCUGCAGAGCAACGCCGCCGCCGCACUGGUGAAUCUUUCACUUGCAAAAGUCAAUAAAAUCAAGAUCGUGAGAGCCGGGAUUAUUCCUCUAUUAAUUGACAUUUUGAAAAAUGGGUUUCAAGAAUCACAAGAUCAUGCCACGGGGGCAAUUUUCAGCUUGGCACUUGAAGAUGAGAACAGGACUGCAAUUGGCGUGCUAGGCGCUUUGCCACCAUUAUUGCACGCUCUGAGGUCGGGAUGGGGUACGACACGGCUCGAUGCGGCCAUGGCUCUGUAUCAUUUGACAUUAGUUCAGAGCAAUAGAGCAAAGAUUAUUAAACUUGGAGCCGUGGGAACAUUGUUGGGGUUGUUGAAGGAUCCGGCAGUGGCGGCCCAGGUGUUACUGGUUGUGGUGAACCUGGCGGCCUGUGCGGAGGGGCGGUCAGCUUUGUUGGAUGCCAAUGCAGUGGAGUGCUUGGUGGGGAUGUUAAGGAAAUGGAGCUCGUCGGGUUCAGGUUCGACCCGGGAGAAUUGUGUGGUGGCGUUGUACUCGUUGAGCCAUGGGAGUUUGAGAUUCAAUGGGCUGGCGAGGGAUGCGAGGGUGUCCGAUGUGUUGCGAGAGGUGGUGGAGAGUGGAAGUGAUCGUGCGAGGGAGAAGGCAAGGAGGAUUUUGGUGAUGUUAAGAGAAAGGGACGAGGAGGAAGAAGGACGAGAGGACGAGGAGGUGGACUGGGAAGCGGUUAUGGAGGGGGGGGUGACUCGGGCGAGGCGGCUGAAUUGGGAGAAAUCAUGAUCUCAAAAGUAUCGAAUACUAACUGGGUCACGAUAGAUGGGAGAGUAGCCUAAGCUAGAGUAAGAGCGACCACGUCAAGGAAAUGCUUUGGCAACCUUAAGAGGUAGCGACUAAGAGGAGGAAGAACAAGAGGUCGAGGAGAUUGGCUUGGAAGGGGUAAUGGACGACGAGGUGACUCGGUGAGACGGCGCCCCAACUCAACCAAGUAGAGAGUUGUGAUUGGGUUAGAUGGGUACAAAGAGUCGUAUAAUGAUUGGUCAUUAAUGGAACUUGUCAAUAUUACUGCGUACUUUAAGGUUUCUCUUUGAUGUUCUUUUAUUUUGGGGGCUAACUUUUUCUUUUCCUUUUAGGAAAUUAUUUGAGCUUUUAAUUAGGAUUGUGAUUUCGGUUUACAUGUAAAUAACAUAGUUGAAAGUACAUUGGACUUCUGAUUAGUGGAUUAUUCUACAUCAGAGUGCACGUCAAA